AUGCUUGUUCUUGUAAUUCAGAAUGAAGAAGGACAAGAGGGCACCUUAAUGCAACAUCCAAAACGUCCAAACCUUUCUUCUUUGCAAGUACCUGUGAGGUCCUUGGAAAACACAUUGUCUAGUUUUGCACGAAUUGACAUUCCUAGUCCAAGUUCUACGAGGAAUGGGUUACCUCCUAGACCAAGCUCAGCAAAAUUUAUGUCAUCCAUGAAAAAUCUUCUUCCACAGAAAAGCUCCAAGGGAAAGAACCUUUCCCAUGAUGGUGAGAAAACAGUUCUCAUAGCUCCCGAUACUCCACCUUCUGAUAAGCCUUCAAACAGGCCUUCUACCUCCAGGUCAUUUUCUCUCAACAAAAUUUUGUUCUCUUCAGCGACAACAUCAACACAUUCUUUGCCAGUUACUCCGAUGACAGAUGCAAGUACCUAUGAAGUAGAGGAAAGUAACUUAAAUGGCCACACUUAUUUACCUAAGCAUGAGGUUGAGCAGCAAAUGCAACGCUCAUUCUCAGUUCCCGUAAAUGUUAAAGUUAAAAGCCUAAGACGGACAGAUUCUUCAGGAUGUUUGGUUCGUGUAAUAUCAGCAACCCCUCGGCCUAGAACAGAUGAGAAAAAUGUAGUAGACAAUGCUACAGAGAUAGAAACAGCAUGUGAUGAUGCUGCAGAAGAUAUACCAGAAGAAGAGGCAGUGUGUAGGAUAUGUUUGGUCGAACUUGGAGAAGGCGGUGAAACAUUUAAAAUGGAGUGCAGUUGCAAAGGAGAGCUUGCACUUGCCCACAAGGAAUGUGCAAUUAAGUGGUUUAGUAUUAAAGGCAACAAGAAGGAUGUUCAGAAUCUUCCAGUAACAUUAUUGAAAAUACAGAAUCCAGCUAAUGUCGUAAGAAGGCCGCCAGUAGGUGCGCAGCAGAUGGAAGUGACUCGUUACAGGCUCUGGCAAGACAUACCAAUCCUUGUCAUGAUCAGCAUGCUAGCAUAUUUCUGCUUUCUGGAGCAGCUUCUGGUAUCUGACAUGGGACCUCGUGCACUUGCGAUUUCUUUACCUUUUUCUUGUGCACUAGGCUUCAUUUCAACCAUGAUAGCUUCUACUAUGGGCAAAGGAAAUGGAUGCAUGUUCUAUACUAAGCAGUAUCCACAAAGUGGAAUUUUCUUUGCAGUAAUAUAG